CUAAGUCUUGGGGAGGGCUCACUCUGAGCACACCCCUUUCCCCCUGGGGGAGGAGGGGGGGCGAGGAAACAUGGGACCAGCCCUGUUCCAAGCCCAUCCUUAUUGGCUGGCAUGAGGCAGAGGGAGCUUUAAAAAGGCCACAGUCUCUAGGCUGGGGGACUCAAGCCUGUGCUAGUGGCUAGUGAGUGCCCUCCUCCUACCUGGCACCAUGCAGCUCUCGCUAGCCCAGUGCCUCAUCUGCCUGCUUGUACAUGCAGCCUUCCGUGCUGCAGAAGGCCAGGGGUGGCAAGCCUUCAAGAAUGAUGCCACAGAGAUCAUCCCAGGGCUUGGAGAGUACCCCGAGCCUCCCCAGGAGCUAGAAAACAACCAGACCAUGAACCGGGCAGAGAAUGGAGGAAGAGUUCCCCACCAUCCCUAUGACCCCAAAGAUGUGUCGGAGUACAGCUGCCGCGAGCUGCACUACACCCGCUUCGUGACGGACGGGCCGUGCCGCAGCGCCAAGCCGGUCACCGAGCUGGUGUGCUCGGGCCAGUGCGGCCCCGCCCGGCUGCUGCCUAACGCCAUCGGCCGGGUCAAGUGGUGGCGCCCGAACGGGCCCGACUUCCGCUGCAUCCCGGACCGCUACCGCGCACAGCGGGUGCAGCUGCUGUGUCCCGGUGGCGCGGCGCCGCGCGCGCGCAAGGUGCGUCUGGUGGCCUCAUGCAAGUGCAAGCGUCUCACCCGCUUCCACAACCAGUCGGAGCUCAAGGAUUUUGGGCCGGAGACCGCGAGGCCGCAGAAGGGUCGCAAGCCCCGGCCGCGUGCCCGGGGCACCAAAGCCAACCAAGCGGAGCUGGAGAACGCCUACUAGAGUGCGUCCGCGCCCACGCAGCCCCUGCGCGAUCCGACUGGUUUUCAUUGUAAAGCAGCCCAGGCCAGGGGCGCUAAACCUUACAGGCCAUGCGGAGUCCCCAGCCCGUAGAGUCCCUUCGCCCUCCUGCCCGUUGUGAGAGUUUCUGCAGGCCAGGAGAGGGAGCUGAGUCAUAGGCUGAGUCGCUCUGCCCAGGUCCGGGGCCCUGCCACCCUCGCCGGACCCCUACCGGGCCAGGCAGCGUUUUCACCGUAAAAGGAAGGGAGUGUGAAAGGACCUGGGACUGGUUAACGAAGUACAGUGAGAUCUGCCCCCUCCAUUUCAACGUAAAGCCUGUGUGUGUCCAAGAACAUCAACACAGGACUAGAUACGGUUUCUGACCCUGGCUUGGCCACUGAGCGCGAGGUUGAGCUGCGUGAUUCUAUUUUGGUACCCCAGUGUUUCCUUUGUAAAAUAGGGGUCAGGGUGAAAUUGGACUCUCCAGGACUCUGCUGAGAUUCCAAGGAUUGGGAUGCCCCAUGUGGGCAGGGAGAGGGCACAGGGAGGGAAUGAGAGAGAGGAAAAG